AUGAUGAGAACGGUGCUAUGUGCAUUGUUAGGCCUUGGAGUUGUUGCGGCGGUCCCGGAUUACUUCGCAAAUCGGGAGCUGUUGAAGGUUACAGGUGAUGACUUUGAUGGGAAACUGAUAUUUCUUCAAGCGGUAGGUAACUCGUUUUAAAGCAUAUACAUGUAGCUAUAACUCAGGGCUUUGAAAUCUAUGGUCUUGUUCUUAUGUUUCAUUAAAAUCCCCAGAAAUUUGGGUCGUUUAUAAAUUCCAUUGCAAGGAACUGUCAUUGCAAAGGCGGUCAUUUCUCAGCUUUGAUUACAAGUUCAGUUAUGUAUAAAAGUUGUUAAAAGUGAUAUGGCUGGAAAGAUCUCUCUUUGCUCUAUAAGCACUGUAAAUUUCACGGGUCAAUCUUAUAGCAUGCACCCGUGAGGCCCGCGUAAAUUUCGGCUACUAAAAGAAUUCGAAAAAAUCAGGUGUCCGAUUCAUUCCAAAAAAGUGCAGAACGCUGUGCAUUGAGCUUUCAGAAACCUUUACAAGGCCAAAGCUUGCUUGGGGCACGGAAAUUUUUCUUUUUUUUAAACCUGGCAGGUCUGCAGCGAUAAUAUCUUUACUAAAUUCUCCAGCAAAAAUGGCCAAUAAAGCAGUCCUACCUAGACAUGGCCCUUCGGCCUGAAGGGUUCCGGCCGGCCCGGCCCGUUUCAAAUUUUCCGUCGGCCCGACCCGUUUUAAAUUUGCUUUGGCCCGGGCCGGCCCAUUGAAACGAAAGUCUCCCCAAGUCUAACUCCUUAUGACCAAAUUUUUUUCUACCAUCAUGUAAAUGGAUAAAUACUGUGUUCUAUAGCUAUCUAAAAUCGGGCCGGGCCGGGAGCCAUGUCUAGUCCUACCUUCUAAAUUUUAGCUCUGGAGACAUGGCGACCGAACACCAACUCAACAAUUCCCCACCGACAAAAAUGUCUGGCCACAAGGACUGGGACAGCUUACCGUGGUGAGCUUUUUUUAAAAGAGCUUAGUUCUCCAAUAGAACCCUUUUUUCGUCAUAAUUCCGCCCGUACUUUACCCCCGCCUUUAGACCGGUAUGAAAGAUCAUCUAAUCCUCGGCGAAAAGCUACGUCAACGUUACGUAAAUACCGUCCCAUUCGUCUCUAAACGCUAUGUCAGCAGCGAGAUCUACGUCCACAGCACCGAUGUUAACAGGACUUUGACCAGCGCCAUUUCAAAUAUGAUAGGAUUUUAUCGGGAUGCCGAGGCUGAGAAGGAUUUUCCAUCUGAUUCAAGAUGGCCUCAAGGAUUUGUGCCGGUGCCAGUCCACACCGAAGACUUUCAUCGUGACUUUGUAAGGAGAGCUGGAUCUUACAACUAGAUCAGCUUGGCGUACAGGCUAUUUGGUUGUCGAUUCUCUAUUAAUUAUGCGUUAUUUUAGAUGGGCAAUGUUGACCGUCCAUGUCCUCGAACCAAGGCUUUGCUCAACUUGCUCAGGGAGUCUCCUCAAUACAAGAAAUUGGUCGAAGAACAUGCAGUAAGAACAAACAGUGGCGGACCUGACCCAUUGGCAAAAAACGCACUUUUUUUGGAUCCGGGAAGCCUCAAAAAUGUAGCAAAAUACCUCCCUUUCCAUGUGAAAAAACUCCAAUUUCAAAAGCGCUCUUUUUAUGAGGGAAAAGGCUCCAUUUCAAAAUGGAGUUCUUUUGAUUGUAGUGGGAGGUAUUUUGCCACAUUUUUGAUACUUCCCGGAUGCAAAAUUAUACGUUCUUUGCCAAUGCAUCAGGUCCCUCACAGUCUACUAUAUUUUGUAAAAAUUGCAGGACUUUCUCGCUAAUUUGACUGUGAUUUCCGGGAUGAAAGUGACGCUUGAAAAUUUGUAUGUCUUGAACGAUGACUUGUUUAUCACCAGGGUGAGUAAAAGAACAAGAUUUCAAUUAUUCUUUCUGGCCUCCGUAUGUCACCAAAUUUCAGAAAUACAAAUUGCCUCUUCCCGAAGGAUUCACCGACGAGGUCUGCGAGCAGAUCAAAGAAAUCAGCGACGUGCUCGACAACGCGGUAUAUGGCAUUGGGUUUGCGCCUUAUAAGGACGUCGAUCUAAGUUUGGAAAUGGCCAAAGUUAAAGGAGGUCCUCUGUUGUGGGGAAUGAUUGAAAGAAUGCAGCAGAAGGUUUUGUGUGCAACGAAAAACGCUAAAGACAGAACAAAAGAGGAGAAUGGCAUUUGCCGUUGGAUUGAGCCGAUGAAAUAUCAUGUCUACUCUGCUGUAAGCUAUCGUUGGAAAUUCUGUGCCUAUUAUACAUAGACUAACACCUUCUGGAACCUCAGUAUUCUCAAUUUCAGCCGUUUCCGAUCCCCUAGUUAUAUAGUAAUGGUCGAUUACUGUAAAAACAUUAAUUUGUAAAUUACAGUAGGUUAAUGAGAGAGUUGGACAAAAAUAUUUUGGCCAUAUGUUUGUAGGAUGCCUCUAGUCAUUUUGAGGUCAAAAACUCAAAAUCCAUUUUUUCUAUGUCCACGUAAAUAUUAAUAGAAAAAAAUGAUUCAGUGACUCAGAAAUCGUGUUUGAAUAACUUCUACAUUUUUAGCACGACACAACCUUGUCCGGUCUUUUCUCGACUUUCGGAUUCAAUCAGACCAAUUACAAUCAGUCAGGAUUUCCGGAUUAUGCAUCUGCGGUUACGUUGGAGCUAAGGGAAAAGGAUGGCAAGCAUUUUGUCAAGGUAAGCCGAUUUUCGAUAGAGAAAUGUGCUAUCUUGCACUGAGCAUUCCUUCUUUUUUGGUUUCGCACCAUAUCGUCGCGACGCAAGCUUUCUCAAACUGAGUUGCCGCGUUCCGCCCAAAUUUUACAUUACAAAGGGAACACGACCGUUUUAUUGCGGAGCAUACUUUGUGUUUUGGAUGUGGAUGAAAAUAGCGUAUUCAAAGAGCCAAAAGCUUGAUAUAUCUUGAAUUUCAUCGAUUUUUAAUAUUAGGUCGUCCAGAAAGUUCGUUCGUUUUUUUCAUAGCUUUGUUUUGAAAGUUCGUUCGUUUUUUUUCAUUGCUUUGUCUUACGAGGAUUGUUUGUUGUUUGGCAAAGGUUAUAUAUUUAUUUGAUACAGCCAGUUUUGUAGAGGAGAAAAACUUAUUAUUUGAAACUUUUUUGGGAGAAAAGUAAGGUUUUCCUCGAAAAAGACUCCGAGUUGAAAGAGACCCCGGAAUCGGAGGUCUCUUUCGAUGUUUCCCCGAAAUGGCCGAAAAGGUCAAAAACGGGGUAAUCGAUGGCGUAGAUUCCAAAAAUCAUAUUCGUUUUUCGCGAUUCUUACUUUUUUGCUUAAGUAGUAAUGGUAAAAAGUAAUUUUUUGAAUUUUUUCUAAAAACAGUCGAUUUAGGGGUUUUCGAGGGUAAAAAAGUAACUAUCAAAAAAAUGAACGUCAUUUUCGAAAUCAGCACCUGAUUAUUACUGAUUAUGAAGUCUAAUCCAACCUAUGCGAUAAAAAGUCAUCCUUUUCCAGGUGCUCUUCUGGCCUCCAAACGACGGAGAGAACUUCCAAGACAUCACCGCGGAAGUUCGUGGCUGUUCUGAGAACUGCUCUCUUGAUGAGUUUAUCAAACGUUCGCAACCUUACCGUAUCGAGGACCCUAGUGAAGUGAGUUUAGAUUUAAAGCUGACAAAACAUUAUGUCUUAAAGAGUAAUCAUUAUGAACAAGUUUUAGCUCUGCCAAAACGACCAACUCACACGAUCUGCAGCUGCAGCUUCAAUCAGCAUGCUUUUGAUGCUGAUUUCAGCGGCAUUAUCGUAUCUAAAGUAA